CCCAAAGUCAAAAACCUUGACAGAACUUCACUUAUUGAAUUUGGAAAACCAAAUUUGCCGAUCCUGCAGGUCGACACACAGUUAUAUAAGGAAGAACAAGUCAGUUGGAAUUUGACGAUGGACAGUCGCCAUUUACACUGCAGUGUAGAUAUGAUUUCCUACCCUGGUUUUGGCAUGGUGUUGCCCGAAGUCAAAAACCUUGACAGAACUUCACUUAUUGAAUUUGGAAAACCAAAUUUGCCGAUCCUGCAGGUCGAAACACAGUUAUAUAAGGAAGAACAAGUCAGUUGGAAUUUGACGAUGGACAGCCGCCAUUUGCACUGCAGUGUACAUAUGAUUUCCUACCCGGGUUUUGGCAUGGUGUUGCCCAAAGUCAAAAACCUUGACAGAACUUCACUUAUUGAAUUUGGAAAAACAAAUUUGCCGAUCCUGCAGGUCGACACACAGGUUGUUGGAACGACCUUUCUGACUGGCAUCCGAGAAAUGGGCAAAGGCCUAUUCGCAAAGGUGUGUUACGGAGUUUUGUAUGGAUAA